GGGGUGUGGUCAUGGGGCCAGGCCCCCUCAAGAAGAGGCCGCGCCCCGUCCUCCGCUCAGGAAGCGGCGUCACUUCCGGCGUGUGCGUCUGGCGUCCGGCCGCCGCAGGAUGGCGGCUCUGAGGAGUUGGCUGUCGCGGAGCGUUGCCUCCCUUUUCAGGUUUUAAAAAAGCUCUGAGACUGCCUUUUAAACUUCCACACCUGUUGCCGGUUAAACUUCGAAAUCACUGUGCCCGCAUCCCCGCGCGGCCAGGUGCCCGGGAGUUGGGUAGCAGCUGCUCCUUCCAGCGAGUCCGGGGCUUUCCAGGCUCACACGCUCCCCACCGAGCCCUGUCGUCUGGAAGGCGGACCCAGCAUCUUCGUGUAGGCUUCUGCGUGGCCGAGUGUACAGGCAGUGUGUUCCUGUCGUGGCUAACUUCAAGAAGCACUGCUUCUCAGAAUUGAUAAGACCGUGGCACAAAACUGUGGCGGUUGGAUUUGGCGUGACCCUGUGUGCGGUUCCCAUUGCACAGAAAUUGGAACCUCAUUCUCUUAGUAAUGACGCGUUAAUGAGGAGGGCUGUGUCUUUGGUAACAGACAGCACCUCCACCUUUCUCUCACAGACCACAUAUGCACUGAUUGAAGCGAUCACUGAAUAUACUAAGGCUGUUUAUACCUUAAUUUCUUUGUACCGACAAUAUACAAGUUUACUUGGGAAAAUGAAUUCACAGGAGGAAGAUGAGGUGUGGCAGGUGAUCAUAGGAGCCAGAGUUGAGAUGACUUCAAAACAGCAAGAAUACUUAAAGUUGGAAACCACUUGGCUGACUGCCCUUGGUCUUUCAGAGAUGGCAGCAGAAGCUGCGUACCAAACUGGAGCAGAUCAGGCCUCGAUCACCGCCAGGAAUCACGUUCAGCUGGCGAAGUCACAGGUGCAGGAAGUACGCCAGCUUUCCCAGAAAGCAGAAGCCAAGCUGGCAGAGGCGCAGACAGAGGAGCUCCGGCGGAAAACACGGGACGACGGGGACGAGAGGGCCGAGCCGGAGCAGGACGCCUACCUGCGCGAGGAUUGAGCGCCCGCGCGGCCGCCCGUCGGGCCCGGGGAAGGCAGGGGCGGCUGCCGUCCGGCCCGGGGCGGCACAGCCUUCUCUGGGCGGAGGAGGCAGUGGGUCCUGCUCUGGCCCAUCAGGCCGGAGGCCUUAGUGAGCUGUGAGUGCCUGGCCCCUCCCUCCCCACCCCGAGGAGCUGGUUCUUGGCCCUGGGGCACUCACCCUGUUUAACGCUGACCCCACUCAGCACAGCUCCCCCCCCCAUCUUUCUACCCCCACCCAGUGCGGCCCAGCAGCCUGGCCGGAGAGAGGGGUCCUGUCUCGUCAUGCCCACGAGUUCAGUGGCUGGUUAACUUCCCUUUUCAGUCUUACAUUUUCAGAUAUGAUUUAGUCUUUGCUCCCCCCAUAGGAAUGUGUGUUGCUUCGGGGAAAGGGGAGCCUGUUGAUAAGAUUCCUUUUUACCUGUUUCUGAUGCCUUCUGUGAUCUGGCCCCGUUGCCUGUAAGGACAGCUGGAGCCCAGGCGCCAGAAGCCCAUUAUUGUUACGGAACUGAACGCGGAGUGUUUACCUGGUGCUCAACAGGACAUACUCCAACCCGUGCUUCUCGUUUCCUUCUUUCCUUCGAGUGUCUCUAUUGUAUCUGAAGGAGAAUAAUUGUUUUGUUUUGCACUUCAAAAAGAAAAUGUUUGUGUGUA